AUGAAGGUGCUCUUCGGAUUCACAGUCUUCUCGUUCUUCGGUACUGUUUCCACUUCUUUUUCCUCGCUCCUUCUUCACCACAAGCGAAUGAAUGUAUUCAGUGGCUCUGCAAGUCUUUGCUGAAAUUCCCGAACGGCUUGCGGCGGAACUGAAAGGAAAACUGGCGAAUCUGAGCGCCGUGCAUGAAAUCCGAGGAGAAUUGAGUUACAUUAAUGAGAUAAGAAGAGCAACGGCAGAAGUGAACCAAAUUCCGAACUAUCCGAAAAUGGUAUGACGAACUUCCGUUUCAUCAAACUUGUCGCAUUUCAGAACUGGGAUGACGCACUGGCGACAAAAGCGGUCUCGUUUGGAUGUGAGGAGCACGUUGGAACCGACUUCCGCGCCUUCAGAAUCAGUGCGGAUCCGGCCGCAGUGGACCACGACAUCGCACUUAUGGAGGAGUUAAAGAAAGAUCCGGCGCUUGUCUUCACUCGCUCGCAGGGGUUAUUCGAACUUUUUUCUCCCGUGAAUUCAAAGUUUGGGUGUGCGAAGAGCAGCUGUCCGACGGCUGGUUUCGCGUAUUCUUUCACUUGUCUGGCUGUACCGACGUGAGUCGAACGACUAUUGUCGUCGUUGACAAAACAUUUAAUUUCAGAAAUGUGAACAAACGUGAGAGCAGCGAGCAAGGAAAACCCGGAUCGCAGUGCGGAAAGUAUGUGAACGAUAACGGACUGUGCGAUUACAACCCGCUGCGGCUCCGACGACUCCAUCCUCUGCGAAUGGCUACAGACUUGUGA